GGCAGCACUGGAGGUACUGGGUAUUCCUUUAGGCCUGGGCAUUGUGGGCGUGUCGGGGGUGCUGUGGUGUCCACAGGUGUGCUGUGCUCUGAGGAGUGCUCGUGUGAAUGGAAGUGUAAUGGCCCCAUUGCUUUUGGGGAUGCCCAUAGUUUUGCUGCUGUUGAAGUCCCAGUGGUGUCCAUGUGGGAGUGGACACCAUCCUCACCUGCCUCCCCUGUCCAUCCCCUGCUUGCAGACCCUGGGGCCGACGCCUCUCUGUGUGGCAUGGCAGCCACCGGUGCCUCGGGCACCAACGCCGUGCGCUACGGCACCAUGCGCCCCAACGUGCUCAACCUGCGCGUGGUGCUGCCGGACGGGCGCCUGCUCCACACCGCCGGCGCCGGGCGCCAGCCCAGGAAGCGGGCAGCCGGCUACGACCUGACCUCGCUCUUCGUGGGCUCUGAGGGCACCCUGGGCUUCCUGACUCAGGCCACGCUGCGCCUGCACCCGCUGCCCGAGGCCACUGCUGUCACCAUCGCCUCCUUCCCCAGCGUGGGGGCGGCCGUGGCUUGCACCGUCCAGGUGCUGCAGGCCGCCGUGCCCGUGGCCCGCAUCGAGUUCCUGGAUGAGGUGAUGGCAGAUGCCUGCGGCCGCUUCAGUGGGAUGGGGCUGCCAGUGGCAGCCACACUCCUCCUGGAGCUGCACGGCUCCCGGCGUAGCCUGGCUGAGCAGGAGCAGCAGACAGAGGAGAUCGUGCGACAGAACGGUGGCUCCGGCCUGGCCUGGGCGGAGGGGCUGGAGGAGCGCGAGCAGCUCUGGGCCAUGCGCCACAAUGCCUGGUACGCUGCGCUGGCCCUGCGCCCCGGCUGCCAGGGCUACUCCACGGAUGUCUGUGUGCCCAUCUCCCGCCUGCCUGACGUGGUGGUGGAGACCAAGCAGGACCUGCAGGCCUCCAGCCUCACCGGACCCAUGGUGGGACACGUGGGCGAUGGCAACUUCCACUGCAUCCUCGUCUUCAACUCCCAGGACCCGGAGGAGGCCCAGCGCAUCCACGCCUUCACCCAGCGCCUGGGCAGGCGGGCUCUGGCAGCAGGGGGCACCUGCACCGGGGAGCACGGCGUGGGACUGGGCAAGCGGGCACUGCUGCAGGAAGAGCUGGGCCCGGAGGGCCUGGACACCCUGCGCUCCAUCAAGGCUGCACUCGACCCCCACAACCUCAUGAACCCCGGCAAGGUGCUCUGAGGGGGAGCACCAGCGCUGAGCUGGCACUGGGGAGCCUCAGCCCCUGGAGUCAAGGCUAGGGUGGCCAUGCUGCCUGCAGUGCCACUGUAUGUGUCCCUACAAAUCACCCCAUCCCCACUUCUGGGGGUCAGGGAUCCUCAAACCCCCAAUAAACCCUUUGGACUCACA